AUGAAAGCCCAAUUGUUCGCUUGUGUUCUCCUGGUGGCGAUCUUCGCAAUGACCAUUUCCCAGAGCAACGGCAGACAGACCGAGGAUGAGGAUGAAGGGUUCGGCAUUCCAGAUACUCACUCCCUGAUCCGAUCUAAAAACAGUUCUAAACGCAGACCCCAGUGCCGACGAAGUGUCCAGAGGAGCUGCACCUCCACGAGGAAGACUUGCGGGCGCCUCGGAAAGGCCAACAUUUGCCAGGUCUUCCAGAAUGACUGCCAACGCCAGCUGGCCAAUUGUGGCAGCAAUAAGUCCACGAAAUUCUUCCGUAAGGUGAACAAUAAUCUCUGCAAGGGCAUGGCUUACGAUACCUUACUUCCCUGUGGCAGUGGUGGAAAGUCUAGUAAAAAUGAAACUACCAAAAUAGUUCAGUUUUAA